AUGAGUAGCAGUCUCAAUUAUUUUACACAGGGUUAAAAGAAAAGCACUAGAAAUAAAGAAGAUCCAGUUAUACUCUUAACCAACUCGGAUCGGAGAGUACCAGCAAGUCCAUCUAGUAAAAUGAGCAGCAAUCCUUUAAGAAUAUAUAAAACACAACUUCCACCUCAAAAGAAAGUAUCAGUAAAGAGAAAGGAAUCAAAUGAUUAAUCACAUAAAAGCUACAUGAGCAAUAAUGAUAGGCUUGUUACAGACAGUUCCAGUGGUUAUAAGCCUAAAAUAGUUGGAAAUAUUAACUCAAUUUUAAAGACACCGCAAAUGAAACAAGGACAUCAUCAAAAAUAAAAUCAAUCGUUUGACUUUUCUAGCUUGCGGAAGAAGUAGCAAAAAUCUGGAUUAAACCAAAGUCACCUAUAUUCAAACAAAAUAGACAUUCUUGACACAAACCUGACUGAAAACAAAAAUUUCAGCAGUUCUUAUAUUCAUUAGAGUAACUAAACUGGGAACGAUAUAGAUAUUACACCUUUUAAAACAUAGCCAAGUGUUUACUUGACCUAGGACAAUACUACAAGCUAAUUUACCUUUUAAAAAUAAGAUGACAAAGCCUAUAGUACGGUGCAAGACAUUCAAAUCAAGAGAAGAUUGAGAGUUGCAGAAGAGGAUCUUGAUAAAAUAUCAAGAGAAUGCUAUGAACUGCAAUAAAAAGUGCUUAGAAGAGAAAAGAUAAUCUUGAACUUGCAAGUACAAUAUGAUUAGUCAGCAAAGUCCUCUUAAAUUAAAUAACUAACUGAGAUUAGACUGGAAAACGCAAAACUUGGUGAGAGAUUCAGAGAACUAUUAAAAUCUAAAGAAGAUAUUAAGUUAAGAAUGAGAUCUGUGAGAUCAGAUACGAUUAAUUCAAAUCUGCUGAAAGAAGAGCAACUAGCCUCAAUAAACGAAUAAAUAAGAGAAUUAGAGAGGACCUACUUUAAGAUGAAUGAAGACAUAAAAUACACAGAGUCUCAAAAUUGGAGAGUCAUUGAGAAAAAUAAAAGUUUAUAAACUUAAAUUGAGUUAGUGCUGCAAGAGAAGGACAGCUAAAAUUAGAUUAUGAGAUAAUAUCACAGGAAAAUAGAAAGACUAGAGAUGGAUAUGAUAAAUUAAAAGUAUGAGCAUUAAGCAUUCAUUAAGGUUAAUCAUAAAAAGACCUAAUAUGAAAUGAAAUGUUCAGCAAUGAGACAAUUGACUUCAAUACUUAAAAUAAAAAAUUUGAGAUAUAUGAGUGAAGCUUUUUCUGAACUUACCAAGAAAGACAGGAAAUUUGAAGUUAUAUCAAGAAUGAUAGCUAAUUUUAGCAGGUUUGAUAAAGUAACUAGAAAAGAUAAAUUGAGAUUAUACUUUGAUCUUUGGAAUAAUUUAAAUUUCAACACUGCUUUUAAAGGGCAUUACUAAUAAGUUAAAAUGAGUAAUGUAUAUAAAAAAAGAAAUCAAGACUUAAAGUUCGCAUUGAGUAAAUGGACUAAUAAAAACACAUGGAUAAAGUAAAAGCUUCAAGGGUAUCGGAAAAAUCAAAGACUAUAGGAUUAAUAUCAAAGUAAGCAUUAGGUUUAAAUGAUAGAGGUAGAAUCCUAGAUAGGUAAACUUUAAAACGAGUAAUAGGAAAAGGCUUUAAGUAUCUUAAAGAGAUCUCUUCUUAGAUGGAAAGGAUAGAAAAUAAGACCAUAUUUCUUAUUCUGGCAUUCUUUGGUUAAAGAGGAAAAGCGAGUAAAUCAUUGGGUCUUAUAUCGUAAACUUAAAAAUUAUAAGCUAAAUCAAGCAUUUGGUCAGUGGAAAUUUAAAGCACAGCAAGCCAGAAAUAACUAAAAGAUUGAACUUGUAGAAGAGAUUUAGGAAAGUGCAAAAGAAGAAGUCUAAAACAUUGUAAAGCUAAAGGAAGAAAUCUCAGAGUUAAAGGACUAAAGUAUAUCUAAGGGCAAAAUGAAGCUAAGUAGAGUCAUUAAGCAUCAGAUCAUGAUUCCUGUGUAAUAAUCUUUCGAUAGAUGGAGAUUAAAAACUGAAAAUAAUAGAAGAUAGACAACUAGACUUAGAGUAGUCUUUGCAUAAAUGCUAACUAGAAGACUUAGAAUGGCUUUCUAGCUAUAUGCAAAACAAGCUAAAAAGACAACUAGAUAUAUAAAUCAUGAUAAGCUUAUUAAAUAAUACCAUGGGAUUUACAAUUUCAGACUCUUAAAGUACUUCUAUAAUGUACUACAGUAUAAUAAACAGCUUUUUUAAGAGUAAAAGUCUAGGAUUUAAAUAUUAUGUCACAAAAAGCAUAGAAAGACUUAGAGAUUAGUCAUGAACUAAAUAUAAGCUGUGUUGAAUAUGAAGCAAGUAAAUAAAGUUAAUAUGGAAGAGAUGCAGGAAAUUUAAAGCUACAAUGAAUCCUCUCAUGAAGUGGCUGUUAAGUAAGCUUAACUACAAGAAUAAAAGGUUUAAAUCACUCAAUGUGAGAAGUAAGUGGGUCGAUUAGGGGCACUAAACUUAACUAAGUUCUGCAAUAGAAUAAAGAACUAUUAAUACCAUAAAGCUUUCAAAUAAUGGUUUGAUAUUACUAAGGAUGGGAAAUCAUAACUCAGAUAACUACUGCAUCUCUCGUAAAUUAUUGCUAGAAAAGACAAAUCAACUUGCUUUACAUACUGGAAGAACGUUAUGCUUGAUUAUAAAAUUUAACUAGCCAAGAAUCGAGGUUAAUAUCUCCAAAAAACAAUCAAUUAGAUCUACAUGUAGAUGCUUCAAGAGUAAAAGGAAAGUAAAUUGAAGAAAGAUUAUUUGGUGGAGAGGCUUGAUGCCUAGUAGAUUGUUAUAAAGAAGUUUACACAUACUCAUAAUGGAUUGAUUAAUAUAAUGUUCAGAUAAAAGAACCAGAUGAAAGAGACUAAAUUGCAUCAUUAUGUGCUCAGAUAAUGGAGGGAGAGAAAUAUAUAAAUGAAAAGAAGAUUCAGUAGAAUUUGCAAUAUGCUUUAGAAUUAUUAGUUGAAAAUUGGGUUUUAGCAAAUUACAUAGAGAUACAGUGAUCUAGCCACUAAUAGUAAUACCAAUCCAGUAAUCAGGGAGUCAAAAAUUAAUUAAGCAUUAAAGGUACUUAGAAGGGGAUUCAUUAGAAGCUCAUUUAGCUAAUGGAAGAGCAAAGUUAUGCUGUACAGAAUUAAUACUAACUAGCAACUUUCGAUUAAUUUAAAUAUACUUGGUGAACAAAGAACGGACUCAAGAAGAUAAUACACAAAUGCUAUUGCCAAAUUAAUGAAAUAAGAUAAAAGCGAAAACAAUCUCGUUGAUAUAUUUGUCUAAUGGAAAAACUUAAUUUCAUAAUAAAAAAUAUUAAGAAUAAAGCAAAAAGAGUUGAAUGAGUCUCAGCAAUACUUAAAUAUCUAAAAUGCUUUGAAGUUGUGGAAUUAAAGGACUAAAAAAACUUAAAAAUAUAGAUCUAAGUGUUACUCAGUAGGAAUCAGGAAUGAUAGAUCUAUUCUUAGGGCCUAUUUUAAUGGUUUAAAAUAUCAUGUCAAAGAGUUGAAAUCAAAAUAAAGAUCAAUAGCUUGUAUAAUAAAUGACAUCUUGAUAAAGAAAAAAUAAAUGGCCUUCUAGUAUGUUAAGUCUUUUACUUAGGAAAAGCCUACAGUUAUCCAGCAAAACUAUCAGAGAUUUGCAUAAUUGUUAUCUAAACAAAUCAAAAGCAAAAUGAAUUCCACCACUAAGUCAUGUCUAUCUGACAUAAAGUUACAUGCAAGACAAUAAAAACUUAGAAAUACUUAACUUAAAAUGAUCCUAAGAGUAAAGAGUCUCUAAUUGUCUAAGGCUUUUCUCAGAUGGAAAUAAUAAGCAAGUCUUGAGGACUUAGAAAAUGAAUAAUUAAAUGAGGGCCCAAUUAGGCUAGAGACUUUUGAUUUGAGAGUAUAAUUUAUGGCAUUAAAAGAUUUGCUUAAAAAUUAAGAGAAAAUAGAAGAUAGAGAUAUAUGUGAUGUUAUCCAGUAAAAGCAAACUGAAGAUGAUUAGCUAAUGCUCAAAGCUAUUACUAGAAUGAAAUUGUACAAUGAAAAUAACUUCUACCUUCCAAAGUAUUUUGAUAGACUUAAGUCUCACUGGUAAAAAAAGAUGCAUUUAAAAUUAAAACUAAAACCAUUCCUCUAAAAAUAUCUAUUUGAUACAGGCUCAGCGUUCCAAAUUUUUAAAGACAAGUAUGAAGUAGAUAAGAACUCUUUAGAAAAUACUAAAGCAAUAGAGCUUAGAAAAAAGUUCAUUUAGCAUUCUAAUCAGUAGGAAUAAAUAAUAAAUCUGACAGACAUAAGUGAUGUUCUAAGCUAUUAAAAUGAAAGAACGAACGAUUAUUUGCUAGAUUAGAAAGAUAAGGCUUAAAUGAUUGUCCUUAGAUAUUUCAAGAAGAGAGAUAAUGUUAUAGCAUUGCAGUAUCUUAUUAAAUGGUGGAGCAUUUCCAAAGAUCAAUAAAAGUAGGAAGUAAAGAAAAGACUUGAUCAAAGAUAAAAAAUUCUACAUUAAUUGCAGGAUCAAUUAAGUGUCAUUCAGUAACAAAAUCAACAAUUGUCAUCCAGGAAUAAGGAACUGGGUGAAUAAGCAAUUGAAGGCAUUCAUUUAGGCUCAUAAUUUGAACAAUUAUCCCAGCAAAAAACUGAUCUAAGUAUUGAACUCGCAGAUAAAAUAUUUUGGAUUAAAAAACUACUAGAAGAAAACAAAAGUCUUAACAUCAGGUAUAGCUAGUAGAAACUCUACGGUUCCUUGCAAAAAAGUGAGAGCUUAAACAGUCUUAAAAGAUCGAAUGAAAAGUAAAGAGAUUAAUAUGCUUCUAUUGAAUGA